AUGUCAAAUGAGCAAGACCAUAAAAGGACUAUAUUUAUAAACGGUUUCGAAUCAAACAAACAAUUCAAAUACCCUUCCAACUACAUCAGUACAACAAAAUACAAUAUUGUGACAUUUUUCCCUAGAUGCCUAUUUGAACAAUUUAAAAAGCUUGCAAAUAUUUAUUUUUUACUCUAAUCUAAGAUUAUGGGAUCUUAAUAUUAAAGGUUUUUCCUAAAAUAUUGAAAAAAUAAUUUUAUGAAUAAUUUAGCUUACUACUGCCAUCCUUAAUCGAACAGAUAACCAUUUCUUGAUCAAGUAUGCAAGUUUAGAAAAAAAAUAUAUAUUUAUUUUUUAUUAAUUUGAAAGAUGGAAUAUACAAUUUAUUAGCAAAUAUGCUAGAGCUGUAUUAGAAUUGCGUAUGAGCGAUUAUGAAAUAUAAUCUUUUAUAUCCAUUAUAUAAAAUGCAGGUAUUAAAAUAUGAGGAGGUUAUGCUUGACUAUAUAAAAAUGGUUUGAUCAAGCAGUAUUGUUUGAUUAAUGAUAGGGUAAGUUAGUAAAUUAAUGGGUAUUUCAUAAAAAAAUAUAAAAUUAUUUGCUAACUCCCAAUUUAAAAGAAGCAUGGAGAUUUUAAGGAGGAUUAAAUAUAUAAAUUUGUAUUAAAAGCAGUUUUUUUGGAAAUUAAAACAAUUUGUAAAGAUUGAAAAUAAAAAUCUAAUUUAACUUAUAAAUUUAAUACUAAUAAUGCAAGUUGUAAAAAUUAACAAGAAUUAUCAGAAGAUCAUGCUUUAAUUAUAUAAAAUAUUUUAUAAUUAAAAAUUUUUUUGACUCUCUCUUGAAGAGGAUUUUCUAAUGGUUUUGUUGACUUUUUAAGGACAAGAGUAAGUGAGAUCCUUUCAAAUUAUACUUAAGAUCACUCCUUUUUUAAGUGAAGAAAAUUUUCUCACUCUAAGAGUUAGCGAUAGCAGUUCUUCAAUCGAUUCCUCAAAUAUCCCCACUUACUCCAUUAAAAUGGACAUUAACUUAGAUUAUAGAAAAGCUCCCUGUCAGGACCCGAAAAUCCUUAUUCCCUUCCAUAACACUCCACUCAUCCGCUUUGUCGGCAAUCGUUUCACGACCUUUAAAGUCUUGCACAUACCAGACGUGGACCUGCCAACGUUACCUGGUCGUCAGGUAGUUUGGGUUGAAUUUUCUGGCCGACUCUCGGCUAAGAUGAAAUCCGUAGCCCAUGAUGUAACUCCUGGUUUCACGCUGUAGAAUAGUCCCGAUUGAUCAAGACGAACGCCAUUGGCACCGCUGGGACACCCCUUUCCAACUUCCGGAUCCAUCUCCUUAUGAAGCAAAAAACUUGGUUUGAAGCAAAUAUUGCGGUCAGUCAGCCUGACAUUGCGUUUUGCCAAAUCAAAGAAAAGCCUUUCGGAUACACUUAUCUAACGCCAGCCUCCUUUCCUAAAGUCCCCAACAUCUUUUGGUAACCAGCUACAGGAUGGGUUACCAGGCCAUUUUAAUAUAUAUCCCCGACUUACUCCAUUUACAGCUAUUUUCCCUUUGGUCUUUGUCCUUGCUGUAGCAAUGAUAAGAGAAGGAGUUGAAGAUUAUUUUCGAUACAAAUCUGACAAAGAAGUUAACUCAGUUCCAGUCAAUGUGUAUAGAAAUGGAAGUUUUUCUUUCAAACGAUGUGAUGAAAUUCAUGUUGGAGAAAUCGCUUUAUUGAGAAAAGAUGAUGCUAUUCCUUGCGAUAUGGUUAUGCUGUCAAAUUCAAAUGAAAAUGGAGUCGCUUAUAUAGAAACCUCGACAAUUGAUGGAGAAAAAACACUCAAACCUAGACAAGCAUUUCCAGAAACGUUAAAGUUUUUCAGAGAAAAUGAUUUUAUUAGAAUAUUUAGCAUGGUUCAAUGUGAUUUGCCAAAUCCCAGGAUUUAUCAAUUUAAUGGAGCAAUUGAUUAUAAAAAUAAAAAAUACCCACUAGAUAAGAAUAAUUUAUUACUAGGAGGAGCUUUUAUAAGGAAUACAGCAUGAGUUAUUGGUGUUGUGGUAUAUACAGGAAAAGAAACUAAAUUAAGACAAAAUCUAAUGGCAAGAACCUAUAAACAAAGCAGCAUAGAAAAAAACGUGAAUAAAUAUAUCUUUUAUAUAUUGAUCAUGCAAUUUGUUCUAUGCACUUUUUGCGCAAUCCUUUCUGGAAUCUGGUCAUAUAAAUAUCUUGGAGAGCAUUACUACAUUGAUCAGCACGAUUUUCAGUCAGGACUUGUUGGAUUUUUAUCAUAUUUUACUUACUUGCUGCUUCUUAAUACAAUGCUACCAAUUUCGCUCAUAAUUUCUCUUGAAUUAAUUAAAGUUGCCCAAGGAUUUUUUAUGGAGAGGGACAUAGAAAUGUAUAGCAAGAUUAGAAACAGAACAUGCAAAGUCUCAUCAUAUAGCUUAAAUGAAGAAUUAGGGAUGGUUCAACAUAUUUUUUCAGACAAAACAGGAACUUUAACGCAAAACAAAAUGGAAUUCAAAUUUUGCUCGGUAGGGAACAAAAUGUAUGGAGACAAAAAAGCGCUUUCUGACAAAGAAUUUCAAUCAACCGCUACUUAUUCGACUAAAGAAACCAUUUUUACGUUUAAUUCAAAAGAAAUCACAAAUGAUUUGUUUUCUGAAAAAGGAAAUGAAAAAUUAAUUUACUCAAUAAAUUAUUCUUUUGAUGAAAAAAUGCAAUCUUUUUCGAAGCAAAGUGAGCCAUUAGACCAUUUUUUUAGAUGUAUGAGUCUUUGUCAUGAAUGCCUAGUUGAAAGCAAUAAUAAUGGAGAUGUCGAUUAUAUUGGGCAGAGUCCAGAUGAAAUUGCUUUGGGUAGAAAUGAAAAUACCACACGCGGUAUUUUCAUGGCCUAUAAAAUAACUGUAAAUUUCAGAGUUUUUUUAGAAAAAAAAGUGCAUGAAAAUGUAGUUUGUUUUUUCUCGCUUUUUUCUUUAUAUAUUUUUUUCCAUUGCUGGUUUUUUGAUACAAUUUUUGCACUAUUCAAAAAAUUACUAUUGAUAUUUUCAUGCUGAUUUUUUCAUUAAAAAGUAUAUGCUGGUUUUUUCAUGUUUUUUUUUAUUUUAUUUUCAUAUUUAAUUAUUAUAUAACUGCAAUUUUUUUUGCAUCUGCUUGUAUUUUGGUCCAUAUAUAUAUAUAUAUAUUUAAAUUGACAGUUGUAAUCUGUCAUAUUUAUUACUGCAUGGUUUGAAUACUCUAUUUUAAUCAUUUAUAUUGCACAUUGAAAUUUUAUGUUGUUUUUCCUGCAAUUUGAAAAAGUGAUCAGCAAAAAAAUACAUGCUGACACAAGAUAUAGUUUCUGCAUCUAUUCUGGACGUUUAAUUGGGUUUAACAAAGAGAAGAUUAUUUAAUCUUUUAAUCUGCUUCUAUUUUACUUUUGCUCUAUUCUAUACUAUUCAGCUUUGAUAUCAUAGUUUUUAUCACCAUUGGUAUUUUCAUGCUGAUUUAUAGGCUAGAUUUUAUUUUCAUGCACUUUUUUUCUAAAGCAAAUCCAUUUUUUUUCCCACUUUUUUUUAAAAUUCUGAAAUUUACACGAAAUAUCAUGAGAAUACCACCGUGUGGUAUUUUCAAUGUCUACCAAUUGCUUUGGUAGAUGCAGCUAGGCAUCUAGGAUAUAGGUAUUGAAAAAUAAAAAAUAAUGAAAUUGAGCUGCAUGUAAUUCCUUUUCGCAAUGAAGAUAAAAAGAUAAGAGAGUUUUAUGAAAAAAUUUGCGUGUUAGAAUUUGACUCUGACAGAAAGAGAAAUUCUGUCGUCGUGAGAGAAAAGAGCACAAAUAAAAUUUUCCUGUAUAUAAAAGGUGCUGAUAAUAUCAUAAAGCAAAGGCUUGAUCCAAGGAACUCUAGUGACUAUUUAGAAAAAAUUAGCCAUGAUCUUGAUACUUAUUCUAAAAGAGGAUACAGAACUCUACUUUUUGGAUUUAAAAUUAUUGAGGAAGAAGAAUUUCUAUCAUGAAUGGUAAAAUUUGCAAAGGCGAGCACAGCAAUUGAAGACAGGUAUACACAACUUUCUCAAUGCGCAGAAGAAAUAGAAAAAGGCAUUUUUCUAUUAGGCUGCACUGCUGUAGAAGAUUCUUUACAAGAUGAAGUCCCAAAUACUAUUAAUUCACUAUUAAAUGCAGGAAUUAAAGUUUGAAUGCUUACUGGUGACAAGCUAGAAACAGCUGAAAAUAUUGGAAAAACAUGCUCAUUAUUAUCAGAUGAAAUGAUUAUUGAAAAAUGCUCAGAAACUACAAUUUCAGGCUGUCUCAUAACUCUAUCACAAAUUGAUCGGGUAAUAUCAUCAAGCCAUCAUAUUGACUCUGCUCUUAUCAUAGAAGGCCAAUCACUUGAAAUUGUUCUUUUUGAUAUCAAAAACACUGAAAAAGUACAAAAAUACCCAGAAUUCGCAAAAAAUGAAAAAAAAAUUAAAGAAAUCACAGAACAUUUUUUGAAUAUUGCGUCUAGGUGUAAGACAGUAAUUUGUUGUAGAGUAACUCCAGGUCAAAAAAGAGAAGUGGUAAAAUUAAUGAAAGACAGGAAAAAAUUAGUUACUUUAUCAAUAGGGGAUGGUGCAAAUGAUGUUUCUAUGAUUUUAGAAGCUCAGGUUGGGGUAGGAAUUUAUGGAGAAGAAGGAAUGCAAGCAGUCCAAGCUAGUGAUUAUGCUAUAGGGGAAUUUAAAUAUUUAUGAGAACUUUUGCUUGUGCAUGGAAGAUUUAAUUACAUAAGACAAAGUGAAAUGAUUUUAUAUUUUUUUUACAAAAAUCUGGUAUUCACAAUUCCUCAAUUUUUAUUUUCUUUUUAUUGCGCAUAUAGUGGGAAAUCGAUCUGGGAUGAUUGAUAUAUCACACUCUUUAAUAUGCUUUUCACUGCAGUACCACUUAUGAUAAGAGCUCUAUUUGAAAAAGAUAUAAUUAUUCCGAGAAGAGCAGAAACAUCAAGCCAAGGAGAAGAUCGCCAAUCAGUCUUAAGGAGACUAGUGCCGAGAGCUUACAACAUAGGCAGAACCAAUAAAAUAUUUACCCGAAUAAAUUUUUUCAAGUGAGUUAUUAACGGAUUUUUCCAUUCUCUGAUAAUAUUUUUUAUUCCUCUUUACGCUUUAUCAGAAGGAAUUAUGAAUAAAAAAGGAGAUAAUUAUGACUUUUGGACAUUUUCGAUUACAGCUUUUACGUGUGUUCUUUUUAUCGUAAAUUUAAAGCUGUUUCUCCAUACAAAGCUAUGAAACUCAUUUCACUCAGCAGCGAUGCUUGGAACAAGUAUUUUUAUUUAUUUUGUUUUUAUGCUCAUUUAUGAUGCCCUAUCAUCAUUUUCAAACAGAUUUUCAGUAUGGCAAAUAUUGUUGAGCUCUUAUUUUUAUUUUUCAGUGCUUAUUUCUAUGAGCAUCGUAGUGGUGAUUGAUGGAGGAUUAUUAAUGUUUAGAAGGAUUUCUAAUCCUGAUGACUCAGAGGUAUUGAUGGAUUACUCUUUGUCAGUAAAGAGAGAAAAGAUGGAUAAAAUAAAAAUCAACAAAUCAAGACUGACGACACCUUUUAUUACGUUGUCGUCAAGCCAAAGUCAAAUAAACUGAAGCGUAUUGUACUUAAAUAAAAUUAUUUUUUAA